UCAUCUCGUCUCUCUUUGAAACAUGGGCUUCCUUCUUCACUCUCUUUAAAACACUAACCCUCCGCCUCUGAAUCUUAAAUUUCAAGUGCCUCUCUCUCUCUAAAACCUUUCUUCUCUCUAGAACACAAACCUGCGAUGGGUAACUGUGUGCUUGUACCUCAAGCCACGAGACCCCUCAUGCUGGAGGCAGAGGAGGAAAACAUAGUGAGAAUCGCCAAAACAGAUGGUAAGAUCCUUGAAUACAGAGCUCCCCUUGUCGUUGAACAAGUCCUAACCACUUUCGAAGGUCAGGCGCUGUAUACUUCAGGGAUUUCUUCGGAUUCUCUCUCUAAAGACUAUCGGCUAAAACCUGGACAACCCUAUUACCUCAUGCCCAACAAAACGGUUGAAGAACCUGCUUCGACCGAAGAGCAAGGUUUAGAGAGAGAAAGUGGUGGCGUGGUUAGACUUAAGGUGGUUAUAACGAAGCAGCAGCUCCAAGAGCUCUUGGCUAAGAGUAUUUCAGUUGCUGAUGUGAUUUCCAGUUUGAGGAACAUGGAGGACGGCUCAAACAGAGGUCAUUCUCGAGGGUGGAGGCCAUGUUUAGAGACCAUACAUGAAGAUGGGGGUGUUUUUAGUUAAGUCGAAAGCUUGCCCUCUUUCAGGGCUGAAAAGAAUAUAUUUUUAUUUUUAGUUAGUGAAGUGAAGUGCUAAAACAACGUAAUAUAGAGCGAGAAGACCAAUUUCGGUUUCCUUUUCGGGUCUGCCGUUUAGUUUUUUUGGUUGGUUGUUAUCAACUUUUCCAUGCUCUUUUGUUUUACGUCUUUCUUGGGCGUAGUGGAAAUAGGGGGAAAUGGGUUUAACUCUAGGCCGGUAUUAAGACUCAAAAUCAACUAUGAAAGAUGGAAAUCGAUAGUGGAUAAAUAAUUCAAUAUUCAGAAAAAAGGUGGCUUUUUGUUAUCGACUAUGAAAGAUGGAAUUCGAUAGUGGAUAAAUAAUUCAAUAUUC